GGAUGGCAACGGUCGGCUAGCCGUUUUGUAUUUGAGAAUAAAUCUCAUAACAGAAUGGUAUCUUGGAGUGGUAUCAAGUUUAUUCAUAGAUAAUAAUGGUUAUGAUGUUUUAAAAGGCCUUGCGAAUUUAGUUGAUCCCACAAUUGGAACUGAAAAUGGUGGGCAUGUUUUUAAUGGUCCCUGUCAUCCAUAUGGACUUGUCAAAGUAGGAGUCGAUACAAAUAAUAAGCAUGAUUUCCAUGCAGGAUAUACGGUUAAUGGUAGAAUAAUGGGUAUUACUCAUCUACAUGUUAGCGGAACUGGAGGCGAACCAAAGUACGGAGUUAUCAGCCAAUAUCCUGUCGUAAUACCUUUAGAUGAAUUGAAUCUUAAUUAUUAUAGCUCGGCUCGGUCAUUUGAAGAGUUCGAACUCGGCUAUGCUAAAUUUGGCCUUGAAAGUUAUAAUGUCAUGAUUGAAUUAACCGCUGGCCGACGUACUGGUCUUCAUAGAUACACAUUCCCCCCUUCUGACCAUGCUCAUGUCAUCAUUGAUUUGGCUCAUAUUCUAACUCAAGGUUACGGUUCCCGUUGGAUAAAUGGUGCGAUAUAUUCUGUUUCUCAUAACCAAGUUAAAGGUAUAGGUCAAUAUACUGGUGGUUGGAACAAUGGUGGUCCCUAUAAAGUCUAUUUCUGCUCUCAAUUUGACACAAAUGCUACUGGAUUUGCAACAUUCUGGGAUGGUUCCAUUACUAAUGGUUCGACACAUCAAGUUGGUGGCAAUGAUUUCUCGUUAGGUGCAAUCCUAACUUUCGAUACGUAUGAAAACCCUGUGAUUCAAUCUAGAGUCGGCAUAUCUUUUAUUUCUGCCGAUCAGGCUUGCAAGAGUGCUGAAACGGAAGUACCAGAUUUUGAUUUUAAUGCUACGCAACAAAGUGUUGUAGAUGCAUGGGAAAGAGAAUUAUCUAGAAUUAGAGUUGAUGGCGGAUCAACCGAUUUGCAAAAGAUCUUUUAUUCUAGUUUAUAUAGAACUAUGAUUAUGCCAAAACGGGCUAUUGACAUAGUUCGAUCUCUUAUCGAUAUAUAUCAACAUGUGGGAUAUAUGCCUGAUGGACGGAGUGGAAUGUAUAAUGGUAUAACACAGGGUGGUUCAAACGCUGACAUGUUGGUGGCAGAAUUAUAUCUCAAAAAAUUAGGAAUGUAUUCUAUUGAUUGGAAACUUGCAUACGAGGCACUAUUGAAAGAUGCAGAGGUUGAUCCAUGGGAGCAAGGUCUUUAUGAGGGAAGGCUCUUUCUUACGAAUUAUAAAGAACUUGGUUAUAUUCCUUCUCCAGUUCAUCGAAGAACUGCUUAUGCUAUUAAUCCAUGCAGCAAAACUUUGGAAUAUUCAGCCAAUGAUUAUUCAAUUGCUCUUAUGGCUAAAGCAAUGAAAAAGUAUGAUGAUUAUAUUAAAUACAAAAAAAGGGCCAGAAAUUGGGAAAAUUUAUGGUAUUCCAACAAGACACAUAGAGGUGUUAAGGGAUUUAUCUUACCCAGAUUUCUGGAUGGUACUUUCGAUACUGAAUGGGAAGUUUUGUAUAAAAAUGGUGGUGAAACUCCAUUUUAUGAGGGCACUUCUUGGGAAUAUAGCCUAGAUGUACCGCAUGUAGAUGUCAAAGGGUUAAUCUCUUUAUCAGGUGGUCCGGAUGCUUUCGAAAAACGUCUUGACAAAACCUUUUCAUCCGGUUAUUUAUCUUCAUUUUACAAUAUCGGUAAUGAACCUUCAUUUUUCCAUGCUUGUUUAUACCAUUUUAUUGGCAAACAGUAUAAAUCAGUUAAUAUCAUAAGAGAUAUCUUAAGAACACAUUUUAGUAGCGACAGAGGUGGCAUUCCGGGAAAUGAUGAUUCAGGUGCCAUGGGUAGUUGGUUUGUCUUCCAUGCUAUGGGAAUAUUUCCGCUCGCUGGCCAAGAUAUUUAUCUCAUAAAUUCCCCACAUUUCGAACAAACAACAAUUAUUUUAUCAAUAUCUCCUACAAUAACCUUUACUAUCAUAGCGAAUAAUUUAUCAAAUGAUAAUAGAUAUGUACAAUCAGCAAAAAUUAAUGGCGUGGAGUGGCAUAAAACUUGGUUUAGGCAUAGUGAUAUCGCCAACGGUGCCGUUUUAGAAUUAGAAAUGGACAACAGAGUUAGUAAAACUUGGGGUAUUGUUGAUGCGAAUGGAAAUCCUGUGCCAUAUCCACCUAGUUUAAGUGAUAAUAUAGAAUAA